UCCUGUGACGGAGUCACUUCGGACGUGCGCUCCCGCCUCCUGAGCCACCUCGCCGCCUGCCUUAACCAGCUGGGACCCGUGCGCUACUCCCCACCCGGAGUCGUCCAGCCCUCCCACCUGGCUCAACCACUGCACGUCCAGCUGCCCGGGGCCCCGACUGCCGGCUCCGCCGCCCAGUGCAAGAUGAGCCCCGCCGGAGCCCUGUCGCCCAAAGUGUACGGGGGCUUCCACCUGGUGCCCGCCCCCGACGGCCAGGCUGUGGCUUUUCUCAUCCCCAACCCCGCCUUCGGGCCUGGCCCGGGCUCGCUGCUCCCCACCUAUCCCAGCGCCGCCGCCGCCGGAGGGGGACCAGCCUCCGGGGGGGCCCUGGCAGGCGCCCCGCCUCCCCCCGCAGGGGCCGGCAGCGCUACGGGCUCCCCGGUGCACGGCCUCACCUCCCUGGUGGGCAGCGGGCCGCGGGCGGGCAGUCCCGCCGAGGACAGAUGCGAGCCGGUCUGGAGGCCGUGGUGAGCGGGGCCGGACUUGGCCGCGGUGCCCUUCCCGAGGAGGAAGAGGGGGCGGGAGCCUCCCUUAUAAAUUUAGUUCCGUUUUAUGGGACGCCCGAGUGUGUCAGGCAGACGAGCCUUAUUUAUUUCCACAGGCUGGAUCCCCGCGUCCAAGCGGGUCUUGUUGGUAGCGCUGAUGGUUUUUACAUAAAAAAUACCUUGGAAACUUG